ACUUGUCAUUCGAAAAGCGAUAAUCUACAACGGGAUUUUCAGAGCACGAAACGGCACGGCAAUUGGAUAAUAAAAAAUGUCAAUAUUACUGUGUCUAGCUUUAUCGCGAAGAUUUUUGACUAGAUCAUCACUACAGAAUCUACGCGAGUGAAUUAAAGGACAAGCGUGCCGCACAUUUCCAUCCGUUCGACAAGAUAAAUCUCGAGCAAGCAACAUAAAUUGAUAUUGUGCUGAAAGCGAAGAACUGAGUUUCUGAAAAGAUGACUCAGUUGGAGUUGGAUCCUCAAUUCACGCAGGGAUUGCGACUCCUGUACUCCACCAACAAGGAUUCUGCAGAGCAGCUGCGAGCUCUAUUAGAUGAGGCGAUUAAACAGAAGUAUGGACCAUCCAAAAUGCUUUCCAAUGUGCUGCACAAAAAGUACAUGAUGGAAGAACCAGUGUUGAGCGAUCACAGUAGUAGUAGCAGUAAGAAGAGUAAGAGUUCCAGCUCAUCUAAGCACUCGAGUAAAUCAAGCAAGAACAGCUCCCCAGUUAAUUUACCAGCGCGUGACACUCCACCAGACAUUCUGCAAUCGGACGAUACGCUGGCGCUGGAAAUUCUAGAGGAUGAUCUUACGUGUGUCAUUUGCAAGGGAAUGGAUGUCGGGGCGAGAAAUAGGCUCGUGGAAUGUCAAGAAUGUCAUUCUUUGUAUCAUCAAGAGUGCCAUGUUCCACAUAUUUUAGACUCGCAGAUAGAUAACGUUCCGAAACAAGUAUGGUACUGCUCUAACUGUCCAAAGUCUCAGGUCUCGAAAGAAAGGAAUUCACCAAAGACUGUAACAGAAAGCAAAUCUAAAGAGCAGAAAAAAUCUAGCUCAAGUAGUGGAGCUAAGAUGACACCAAAUAUUCAUAUUAUUAGCGCAGAUAGAAGAUUGAAAGAUAUGAUGAAGAAAGCUAAGCAGGACAAACGUAAUACAAGUACUGCCACGAGUUCAAAGAGCUCUUCAUCCAGUUCCCCUGCAUUAUCCUCGGCCAAAUCUUCUCAGGAUAAAUCAGGAUUAUAUAUAAAAUAAAAUCAAGGAUAGAAUAAACUAACUUGUAAAAAAAAAAAUAGCAAACCAAUAAGAUCGUAUAUAAGUUGUAAUUUGUAGAAAUAAUAUGAAAUGAUUUGUAAUUAUUUUGUAAUUAAUUUUGUUAAUCUGAGUUAAUCUGAGUUAAUCCGAAAGGACUACAAUUUUUAUUAUUAUAUUUUUAUGAAGUACUAAAUAGUCCAUUGUUAAAGUAGUCGACAAGUAAAAUCUGGAUUUAUCAUCCUAUAUAUGUACGACAUUAAGAAUUUUGAUUCGAAAAAUAUUCUCACUCUAAUACACAGUGUAUGUACAAGAUCUGAAGACAUGGUAGUGUCUCGGCGCUAAGACAAGUGCAUGUGUUUAUAUGGAAACGUUUUAAAACGAAGAAGGAAGGUUUUAUUAUUAUUUUUUAUGAAUAUAUUUUCAUAAGAUCAGAGAAAGUAAAAGUCGCGUUCCUUUAUGAUAAAGACAAAACCUAAAUAGAUGAUAUCACACUAAUGUGUAUUUAUAUUGAAGUUUAAUCUCGAAUUACAUUCAAUCGAUAUUAAUACAAUUGGGCCUUUGUGUAUGUCUGAAUUUCUUACUGCCUAUAUAAAUACAAUUCCAUAUUAUACAAUUUAUUAAUAAAUGUACAAAUGUGCCAUGUAAAUUUGUUAUCUUUAAGCUUUCGCAUUAUUAUUACAAAAAUAUUAAGUAUGUAGAAAAUAAUGACAUAAUAUUACUAUCGCUAAUAAUUAUUACACACGUAACAUCAUUCGUAAUACAAGUCUGCG